CCAGGGACUGUGAUGGAUGUAACACAAAGCGCAUCCUUAAACUGGACUGUUUACUAUGCGAUAGUGUUUAAAAAUGUCUGUGCAAUAAAAGAAACGCGGCUCAAACGUGUACAUGUAGCUGCUGCUAGCACCAGCUAGCUAGCUGAAGACGCACCGCCUACCCAGUAAAGAUGAACGACUUUCACCUUGGAUUUUACUCUUAGUCCUUCUGACUGCCUAAAGCUCCGCGCGCAGGGGGGUAACAUUACUUACAGUGUUAUACUGGUUAGCAAAUACCAGUUAAACCAAACAAUAUUUCUUAAGUUAGUGCCAGGCAGCUUGUCUGUAGUCAGGGGAAAAGAUGAGCUACCACAAACUGCUGUUUUCCGAAAUGAAACUGCGGACUUUAGGAAGAACUGGAUGGAUAAGUCGACUUUGUGACGGUGUAAGUAGGCGUGGAAAAGUGUGUUUUUCCUCUUGCAGCCCCAAGGUGUGUGUUGUGGGAAGCGGUCCAGCAGGCUUUUACACGGCGCAGCAUUUGAUCAAGGCCCGUAAAGAUGUUGAGGUGGACAUUUACGAGCAGCUGCCCGUCCCCUUUGGCCUGGUCAGGUUCGGAGUGGCCCCUGAUCAUCCGGAAGUUAAGAAUGUCAUCAACACAUUCACGCAGACAGCCAGACAUUCACGCUGCAGUUUUUACGGUAAUGUGAAUGUGGGGAAGGACGUGAGCGUUGAGGAGCUGCAGCAAGCCUACCACGCAGUCGUACUGUGCUUUUCAAAAUUUUUUUUAUAUAUGUGUGUGUGUGUGUGUGUGUAUGUAAUCAGGGGCAUGGGAGUGCCAGGAGAAGACUUGGCUGGUGUGUACUCUGCCAAAGACUUUGUCGGCUGGUACAAUGGGCUUCCCAGCUGUCAGGAGCUGAGUCCAGACCUGAGCUGUGAAACGGCAGUCAUUCUGGGACAAGGCAAUGUGGCCCUGGAUGUAGCAAGAGUCCUGCUAUCUCCCAUUGACAUUUUAAAGAAGACUGACAUCACCCAUCCAGCCCUGGAGGCCCUGGCAGAGAGCCAGGUCCGCAGGGUCCUGAUUGUUGGCAGGAGAGGACCCAUGCAGGUUGCUUGCACAAUCAAGGAGCUUAGAGAAAUGGUGAACCUGCCCGACACGAGGCCCGAGAUGGUAGUGGCUGAUUUUCAGGGUGUCAUAGAUGCUCUUAAAGAUUUGCCACGGCCCAGGAAGCGUCUGACACAGCUGUUGUUGAAGACAGCUCUCGAGAUCCCAGGAGAGAUGGAGCAGGAGAGACGGAAUAAGGCUUCCCGUACUUGGGGCUUUCGAUUCUUCCGGAGUCCCGUCAAAGUUCUGGCCGAUCCUGACCACAACAGAACAGCUGGCAUCCGACUGGCAGUCAACAGGCUGGAGGGUUCAGGUGAGGGAGCAUGCGCCAUGCUCACUGAAGAAGUGGAGGAUGUGAGCUGCGGUCUGGUCAUUAGUAGUAUUGGCUACAGGAGUGUCCCCAUAGAUCCAUCAAUACCAUUUGACUCCCACAAAGCCAUUGUCCCAAACACCAUGGGCCGUGUUCAACAAGCAGCAGGUUUAUAUUGUAGUGGCUGGCUGAAAACUGGCCCCACUGGGGUGAUAGCCACCACUAUGAAUAACAGCUUUGACACUGCACGGUCCUUGAUGGAAGACAUGGACUCAGGAGUUUUACAUAUAUCUUCUGCCAAGCCUGGUUCACAAACCAUCAGAGCUCUGCUGGAAAAGAGAGGAGUGAAACCAGUGACUUUCUCAAACUGGGAGAAGAUCGACAGCGUGGAGGUUAAGAGGGGUGAAGCCACUGGAAAACCCAGAGAAAAACUACUGACCGUGGAGGAAAUGUUGCAGGUGGCUCGAACAUGACUGAAGGCACUGGACACAGCAACUGUUAAGCAUAGAGAGCCAGUGGCUGAUGGGACCCCAAAGACUGACCACAGUGGGCAUCACAAUAACGGCACUAUGACUCCCUAAACAUGGACUUUGUGCAUGUUACACUUGAAAAGCUAGGAGUGAACUGUAGUGCUGUUAGUAACAAUUAUGUACUGAAAGGUCCUGUAUAUGUUUAUAAAUAUCUUUUAUAGAAACUAAAAUGCAACUAUAUCCUUAUUUCCUACUGCUGCAGUCUAAAUCUUAAUUUAUUCAUGUGUCAGCAUAUAUUUGUUUAGAUCCUCAUUAAAUUUGACUGCAACAAAACUAUAGAAUGAUAACACUUCUGAAAAGCAUCUCAAUGAUGGUACAUUUUCAUUCAGUGUAAAACCGUCUGCUCUCCUGUCAACAUGUACACAAUAAAUCAACAGGUCACAGAUGACAGGAAAACCUAGGGAUGCACCGAUACCAGUACCAAGCUCAGUAUUGCACAGUCUUCUGUUAUAUUUCAUCACAAUCAGAAAGUAAACAUUGAAAUGAAAACUAAA